UGGUCCACACCUUCACUACAGACACAUGAACAGGGACAUUUUUUUCCUAACUUUGCAUGAGGAUCCUGACACCAAGUGCUUCUAGGGGAAAAGAGCUUAAAAUGAAGGUUGUUGUGGUCCUUUAGGAGUAAUUUUGUUGUGUCCAACUUCUUGGGGUUAGAUUUGUUUUUGUGUUAGUAUGUCACUUUAAGUAUUGGUUUAUACAAUUCUUUCUGAUGUAUUCUUUUAUAUUUUCUAAACUUUAAUCAAUUGUCGCCUGGCGUUGGGGUUAGAGUUGGGUUGGGGUAGGGAUGUUAUUUUAUGUAAAUCUAACCCUAACCGAAGCGACAAUGGUAAGAAAAUAGGACAAAACAGUUGAGUAACCAAUCCGUGAGAAUGCCACGGAAAAGAAAGUCCGUGGCAGGGCCACGCAAAUAUGCGGAGAUCCGUGAGAAUGCCAUGGAAAAAUGAGCAAAAAAUUCUGUGGAUAUCCCACGGAACUUUGUGAGAUCAUGUUGAAAUAGAAAACACUUAACUUUGACAAGAUGACUCGGCUAGAACCACAUAAACACGAGAACAAAUGAGAAUGCCACGGAAAAAUUAGCAAAAAAUACUAUGACUAUGCCACGUAAAUUCGUGAGAUCAGGUUUUUCUGUUUAUAUACCGUGAUUUAUGUUGUGUACCCCUCUCGUGGGUGUUUAUGUCAGACAGUAAAGUAUUUUCUGUUCUCCCCAACAUCGUCUGCAAUUGGGUUCAUCUGUCCACAAUUCCUGACACUUGGUCCUGCUUGCUUCCUUAACAGAAGCAUUCUAAUGCGUUGGCGAGCCAUGAAAGACUGUGCAGCCAAAUUUAAGGAAAUCAACACACACACACACACACAAUUAUGUGGAAAAUUAAAUGAGGCUACUUGAUAAUAAUAGUAGCAGUAACACUUGGAAAUGCAAUAAUAUAAAUAGUAGCAGCAUAACAUUAGCAAUGUUCGUGUUGAGAUGAAUGCCCAGUCCAUCUAUUCUAUGAAAUAGAUGAGACUAGUCUGUGUCUACUGGCUACAUGUUUAAAAUACUAGCUGCUGAGAGGAAAAAGAAUUUCCUUGCCCUAACAGUCCAUUUUACACUACCUCCGUACUCAAUGUAGAAUUGUGAACAGUCCACGAAUGGUGGGGUCCUUAAGAAUAAAACUAGCUCUCCUGUGGACUCUGUGGUGGUAAAUGGUCCUGGUGAUCUUCUCGGCAGCAGUCCAUCACAGAAUUGUUGCCAUACCACAUGGUUAUGCAGCUGUUCAAAAUAAAUAUACACAAAGUACAAUGUUUUUUAGAGACCAGAAGUAAGUAGAUUUAUGUUGUAAGGGUUUUGUUAUGUUUCUUGUGUUUGGGCCAUGUCUUUUAUUUUGAAUCAUGUAUUUUAUAAUUAAUCUCGUGUCAUUUCCAAAUGUAGUUCUGUUCCAUGAGUCCUGCAGGGUUCUACACUAAAAUUUAAGAAGGUUGGCAAAUGGACUUAAUUUGGUAGCACCAGAGUCACAUGUUGGGGCAAGAAAUAAAGAAACACUGAAACUACAUCCAAACAUGUUUAAUGCAUACAUUUAUUUAUUACAAAUAAAUACAGAUAAUAAUAAUAAUAAUUUUUAUUUAUAUAGGGCCUUUCAACACCCAAGGUCGCUUUACAAGGAUAAUAAUAUACAAACAUUACAGACAACAAUAUUAGCAAUCACUUACAAGGAUAAUGUAAAGGAGAGAGAAAAAAAUAUAUAGACUAUAAGCAGAGGAAUAAUAAUCAGAGAAAUAUUGUGUUUUUAAGAGAUUUUUGAAGGAGAGAAGGGUGGUUGCUUGACGAAUAUCUUGAGGAAGGGAGUUCCACAACCUAGGAGCCACAACACUAAAAGCUCUAACUCCCAUAGCUACUUGAUUGAUCUUUGGGGUGACUUAACAGUCCUGCACUAGAGGAGCGUAAACAGCGAACUGGAGCAUAAGGCUGGAGUAAGUUGGAUAAAUAUGUACGGCCAAGGCUAUGGAGAGCUGUGUAAGUCAGAAUUAGUACCUUAACCCUCUGGGGUCUAAGAGGUUUUUAGGGCCCUGGAGAAGUUUUGACCUGCAUUGACAUUUGUGCUUUUUUCAGUUGCUUAAAAACAUAAUAAUGGCAAAAGUCCUAUAACACUGCAUUUAGCACAAACUGGGCUACUAUAUUAUAUGAUUAACAUAUAUGUACAUGUUUGUAUUUUUGAGAGAAAAAUGUUAAUGCGUGGUUUUUGAAAAAGAAAAAAUUGUAAGUGACUGAUAUAAGUCCACAAAACCCAUACUAAACAUGUUUUCCCAAGACUUUUCAAAACAGGAUCUAGUAGUCUAGAGUUUUUUCUUUAAAAUGAUGUGAAAAUCAUUCUGCUUACUCAUUAAAAUAAAACAAUAUAUUGAUAUACAAUUUCAAAGUCACUUUUUGGUUAGGAAGGCAAUAUGCAAGGAGGCUGGCUCUUGAAUAAUCUGUGAUUGACAGCUGAAGAACAAAACACUUGCAUAAUGAGCUGCAUAAUGAGCCUUUAGGCAGGAAUGCAAGAACACGUCAUUAUUGUUACGUGUUUGUUUGUGAAAGCAACACAAAACAAAUUCCUUCCAUUGCAUGAUCCUGCGUUAAAUAAACUUACUGUGUAGAGAUAUACGCGAAUAAACAAGGUUUUAGAUGUGUCUUAAUACAAAGUGCGUCAAAAUAUGAGGCAUUGUGUGUUUGUAUGUGCGUUUGGCCGCUGAACGCGUCUGACGGUAUCACAAAGAAAACAUUAGCGUAACUUUAUUAACUAAAUAACUUUUAUUUACAGGCGAGAGUAAACAAGUAGAUGUGAUGUUUGCAAUCGCAUCUUUUAUAAGAAUACCACAAAGCGCAUCAAAUAUGAGGCAUCAUGUGUUUGUGUGCGCGCGUUUGGACAUCGAUCCCGUCACACUGACGAAGCACACACACUAGCGUCUGUCUGGCGAUAACUUUAGGCGCAAGUAAACAAGUACAUGUGAUGUUUGCAAGCGCAUCUUUUAUAAUGAUACCACAAAGCGCGUCAAAUAUGAGGCAUCUUGCGCCGGUUUCACUCCGCAUGCGUGAGCAGCGCGUGAGGAGAGCGUUUGCUGCGCGUGGCCAUUGUGCUUUCACACCGGCUGCGUUUGCAGCGCAUACUGUGCAGUUUAAAUAACAGUAUAAAAAUCUCAAGUUCACAUUACAUUAUUUUACAUGCAUUUAUGAGCAAAACCUCUUCAAGACGCUUUUUGAAGGUCAGUGUAAUUUAUAUAACUGUGAUGUGUUUAAUCCACAUUGUUUUCGUGCUAUUCUGGACCGUGUAAUGACAGAUAUAGACACAAAACACAAUUAUAGACAUAAAAAGCCCAUGGCACAUCAUAUAGUUUCUCUGAAGUUUUACGAUAAAAUAAAGAAUUCACUCAGUGAUUGACAGCAUGAAGCAGUCGAUUGUGUUUCCCUUCAACAGUUUAAGCAUACGAUUUUAAUUUAUAGAUUAAUCUAUUUCUCUGAAGAUUAUUAAGAUAGAUGAGGACUCAUUUGCUGGGCAGAAAGUGAAUGAACGCCGUCUUCUGCAGGGCUCUCAAGUGUCACGCAUUGAGCGUGACAGUCACUCAUUUCAGUAUUUUGUCACGCACUCCCGCCACACAUUGUAUUUCUCAUGCAGAAAAACUAUUUAUAAUAUAUUUAAAAUGGCGCAGCACCCAAAAGUUAUCUGGUCGCGCCGCUCUCACUAUGGAAACCGGUGUUGUGUCGAACUCAGUUCCCCCUAUGUUUCCCUUUAGUGUAGUGUUUUUUAUAGCGUUUUCAUCAUGUUACAUUUAGAAAGAUUAAAGAUUUGAAUUGGUUAUACAAAAAGGCAACAAUGUCAUGUAUUCUAUAAUACAAUUUAUUAAUUAUUUCAUACAUUUGACAGUUUUCUAUUAGGGUAUUUCUUUUAAAAUAUAGCCUGUCUUUUUCUUUUUUUUUACUUUACUGGUUGUUUUAAAAAUGUAAUGUUUGCAUACAUAAUAAAUAUAUAUUAUACAUAUAAUAUGAUUCAUACUGUAAAAAUAAUUGACUUACCAUCAAGAACAAUACAGAUACAUUACAGAAAUGCACACAUAUACAUCUCAGUAGCCAUUAAAACUUUAAAUAUAUAAAUAAUAAAACCUAUAACGUGAUAAAAACGCUAUAAAAACACUACACUGAAGGGAAAAAUAGGGGGAACAUAGAGGGAACAGGCUUCGACACAACACCGGCAGGAAUCAAGCGCGUCUCCCCUGGAGUUCUUAAUCGAGCCUGCCACUUAUCAGCCCAAAAAAAAAGAAAUAAGCUACACCAUAGCCAAUCAGAAAAAAAAAAUUGUAUCUGGGUAAGAUUUAAUUCAACAACCAAUGAAAAAAAAGCAUCCUGGAAUUGUUCACCAUCUUCCUCGUUCACCCACAGAGAAAACCACUGGAGCUCCAAGCAUCACUUUGAGCACAAAGUAAGUAAUGAUCUCCUGUUACAACAAAUUCACAACUUGUUUGACACAAACAAUGACAACUUGACUGCUGUUAGAGAAUGUUUCCCAAAUAAUUAGCAUCAGUUUUUCAUGAGUGUCUGUUACUUAGCCAACAGUUUUACAGCCUGUUCACUGACAACAUCUGCUCAGAACAAGUAACGUUAGUCUAGGCCUAGUCAUAUUUUCGUUAUCACACGAUGACUGACAUAUUGUCACAUUAUAAAUAUAUCUCUCUCCAAUAGGCUUAAUAAUUUUUUAGCACUAAAUUAAUUAAAGUGUAUUGCAUAGUCAAUUUUAUAGUUCACUUUUAAAAUCAUGUCAUAUUUUAUAAUUAUAUAAUCCUGGAAAUGGAUGCAUUAAUCAUUGCAUCUGUCUUUCAAAGAUGUUGGGUAAAAGGCAACUAAGCAUCCUUUUAUUCACCCUGAGGGGAAAGCCCCCUCAGGGUGAAUGAAGAGCAGGUUACAGGAUGCUGGCCCAGAGAAGGUUGCGAAAAUGGUAGGCACAUUGGAGGAGGAGACAGAGGAGGAGACGGUGCAGGUGGAAGAGGAAGAGACAGUGCAGGUGGAAGAUGAUGAGACAGUGCAGGUGGAAGAGAUGGUGCAGGUGGAAGAGACAGUGCAGGUGGAGGAGACAGUGCAGGUGGAGGAGACAGUGCAGGUGGAAGAGGAAGAGACGGUGGAGGAGAUGGCUAAGGUGUCAGAAGAGGCCAUCAAAACAAAAGGGAGAAAAGUACCAGGAGCAGCCACCUACAAGAGCUCUUUUAAUAAUGAAUGGACCUCUAAAUGGCCAUUUAUUACUGUAGGAAGCACCAGCUCCUAUUACUUGUGUUCUAUCUGCUGCCAAGAGAACUCCUGUGCCCAUCAAGGUGUGCGGGAUGUGACAAGGCACAUAGAAAGUAAGGGGCAUCAGGCCAAACAGCAGGCACUAAAGUCAACCAGCACAGUCAAAAACUUUUACUUGCCAGUGACUGCAGAAAUGAGUGUGCAAGAGGUCAAGACAAGGAGAGCUGAGGUGAAAGUUGCCGUAGAAAUGGUUCAACACAAUGUUUCAUUUGCUGUGGCAGACCAUUUCAGCCCCUUGUACAGGGAAUGCUUCAAAGACUCUCCCACAGCUCAAAAUUUCAAGAGUGCCAGAACAAAAACUAUGUGCAUCAUUAAUCAAGCAGUUGCACCACAUUAUAGAAACGAGCUGGUGUUGAAGAUGAGGGAAAAUCCCUUUACACUGGUCACGGAUGGCUUAAAUGACACAGGACUAGAGAAAAUGAACCCCCUAACUGUAAGGCUAUUUGAUACCACCAAAGUUGUGCACAGAUUCCUUGCCUUGGAUACUGGUUUAAGGGCAGCACAAACCGUAAAGGUUACUUGAAAGAAUUUUGUGAACUCCAUGGCAGUGAUUAUAUGGAAAUGCUGCUGUACAUUUCUGUGAGGUGGCUGAGUUUGGAGAUGUGCAUCACCCGCAUUCUCUGCAGCGGUAUGGCCCACUCACCAGCUACUUCAAAUCUUUAAAUGAGAAACAACCAAGGUUCAGGAGGCUGGUGGAGGCGUUUUCCAAUCCCCUGACGGAAGUCUACCUCCUGUUCCUUCAGGCCACAUUCCCAGUGUUCUCUACACUGAACCUCCUUCUCCAGAGAGAAAAGACAUCCAUAUUCCAGCUGUAAGAAGAGGAAAAUGGGAGGGUUGGCCUAUUUUUUGCUAUUUUGAUGUCUCCUUUCUUAAGUGCAACACCCCUGUGAAAUAUAGGUUGGUAAGAUAAGAUAGCCCCAGGAGCCAACAGUCUUUAUGUUGAGGAGUUUUGGGGAAGAAUGUCCACAACAAAGAACAAGGUGACUGGCUUGAACCAAUUUGGGAGGCUAUCAAAGAUCGCAGCCUUAGUUUUAGUGCUUCCACAUUCUAAUGCUGAUGCUGAGAGGGUAUUUUCGAUGGUUGGUUUGAACAAAACCUCAACACGAAACAGUUUGUCUCUGGACGGGACAUUGUCCACAAUCAUGACCCUGAAAAUGGCUGGGCUUGAGCCGAACUGUUUCAAAUGGGAGCCAACACCACAAAUGAUAAAGGAGUUCAAAAAGGCAACAAACACUUACAACAAACAACAACACCACUCAUAAUCCCUCCCUCUCUCUCUCUCUCUCUCCCUCUCUCUCACAAACACACACACAAAAAUUUUAUAAAUGGAAAUUGAAUAAACACUUUGUAUUUGGUUAAAUUGUCAGUGUCAUGUGUCAAAUAUUUUCUUCUGGGAAGAGGGGGGGGUUGGGGUGUGUCACUCUUGCCUGUCUUCAAAACUUGAGAGCCCUGCUUCUGGCAAAAGUGUGUUAAUAUUUCAUUGCUUUCUUUUAAAUUGCUCAAAGUCAUGACUGUUUCAAACACACUUGGCGUCACAUUCGCGAUUUUAUUGUAAAAUUACACUUUUUCGCGUCAAUUCACGACCAUUUAAACCAUAAACAAUGCACUAUCACUUUAAUUGAGCGUGAGCAGCGCAGCAAAAAUAGAGCCAACGCCGAAAUGAUAGCAGCACUGCUGCUUCAGCAACGCUCCUGCCACGCGAGCAUGCGCUGCUCACGUGUGCGGUGUACAUGCUUAACUCUUUCACCGCCAGCGUUUUUUAAAAAAGUUGCCAGCCAGCGCCAGCGUUUUUCAUGUUUUUUUUACCAAAGUUUAAUGCCUUCCAGAAAAUGUUCUUCUUUAAAUAUAUAAACAUACAAUAUACCAAAUAAAAGAACAGACCCUCUGCUUUCAAAAAAAAAAAAAAACGUUUCAUCCUACCUUCAGUGGUUCUUUUGUAAUCAGCUUUUGAAUAUGGGUAGGUUUCUGCAAAAGCACCACAUUUUGAGCAAAAAGCUGAGAUAAUUCCAUUUUUGUGAGGGACUUUUCAUAGAGAUCCCAUUCAGAGCGAUCUUUAAAACAGACACGGACAUGCAGCCGCUUGACAUAGGGCAAUACUUCCGGGUUAAAAUAAUAGCGGUAUUGCGGAAAGACGGAAAAUCUCUUCAUUGGCGGGGAAGCAUUUUUUCUUAAUUGACGAGAUAUCUCGUCAAUGGCGGUGAAAGAGUUAACCUGUUAACAUGGGUGCCGAAAAAAACACGCGCUGCUCACGCAUGCGGUGUGAAACUGGCGUUGUGUUUGUGUGGGCGUUUGGAAGUCGACAAGUAGAUGUCAUGUUACCAGCACUCGAAUUAAAACUCAACACAGCACUGAACGGCUGCAGAGACGGAGUCUCCAUUGACUGGGGUUGACUAAUGAAUAUGGAUGAUCUCUGCUCUUCUCUUCAAUGGAGCGGGGCGUGGCUCAUUAUAGAUAAUGCAGUAAUAGGAGAAAGAUGGUACAUCUCCCUCUUCUAAUACAGUUAACUACAAAUUACAAUAUUUGUUUUCGAUUUCACUUACAUCUUCCAAAAGCAGAUAUUCCAAGCUUUAUGUAGACAUUUAUCUUUUGUUUCUAUGACAAGUAUUUGUUAAGUUACAGUUAAUUGUUCUGACGUGUUUCUGAAAGGACUUCACUGAGGGAGAGAGAACAAAACGCGCAUCAUG